CAUUUGUCUAAUUAGACAACAACAAACGUAGUAAACAAGAGCAGAUGAAUGGGGACGUCAGCAAGGCGGUAAUAAAUCUGUUUGGCGUUGCACUAUUGCUGUUUUGAAAAGAAAAGUAUUACUGCUAUCUAAUGAUUGUACUGUAUUCGUAAAGCUUUGAUAACGCAUUUAAAGAGCUACACAAAGAAGUUGGCUAAACAUUGGUAAAUAUUAGCGGUUGUGUGAAGAAGCUCAAUAACAAAGUAAACGAACAUAUGGAAACCGACUACCACUACGGUGACUAAUGUCAAUACCUGAAUUUCUCACCUAAUAAAAUCACCGACACAUUUGCGUAUAAAAACCGAGUACUUUAUUGAAAACAAUUUUCGAGCGCAAAUACUCCAUUGGGGAAUCCGUAAUGACCCAACCGCGUUAUGAGCUUUUAAGCAGCGGUGGUAAAGAUGAUGGCAACCAAAGUGGUGUGUUACGACGUACUACUUUUGGUUCACAAUAUGAUGAAGGGGACGAUGAGAAUGAGGAGAUUGAGUUGGGUACAGAACAUCGCAUAAGAUAUGAAAGUGACGACGAAGAGGAAGAUUGUUAUAUAAAUGGGCACUUAACGGGUAAACCCGUAAGCCGGGAUAAUGUGCACAAUGAAUCUGGUGGUGUAGCUGGUUCACCGACUACUGCUCUCCGACCGGGUUCUCGGCUUUUGCAAAUGGCUGUUGGAACAGUAAUGAUUAUUCUUCUUUAUUUAGUACUUUCCAUAGGUUUAACUUUCUACCAACAAAAGUUAAUUAAGAAACUAAAAUUUCCCAUGACCAUCGUAGCUUACCAUUUAGUAUUGAAAUUUAUACUUUCCGCUAUUGUACGAGCAAUUUAUAAAUUAUGCGUUGGAAAGACGAGAGUAAAAUUAGAUUUUCAUACGGCAUGUCAGAAAAUGGCGCCGGCAGGUAUUGCUAGUGGCAUCGACAUAGGAUUUUCAAAUUGGGGCCUAGGACUGGUAUCCAUCUCUUUGUAUACAAUGACUAAAUCGUCCACUAUUGUUUUUAUACUCAUAUUUGCAAUAAUGCUUGGACUAGAAAAAAAGAGCUGCUUCCUUAUAUUUAUUGUUGGCCUUAUUGCUAUGGGACUUUUCAUGUUCACAUACGAAUCCGCUGAAUUCAAUACACGGGGUUUUAUAUUUCUGCUAUUGGCCUCCUUGAGCAGUGGAAUUCGAUGGAGCUUUGCGCAAUUUGUCAUGCAGAAGUCAAAAUUAGGUUUGCACAACCCAAUCGAUAUGAUUUACUAUAUGCAGCCAUGGAUGAUCGCCUCAGUCUUACCAUUCUUAAUAACAUUUGAAGCUAACGAGCUCUUUGCCAUUGAUCUAUCACAAAAAUCCAAUGACGAGAUUAUAUGGAACGUGUGUUAUAUCACAUUUGGUGCGGUGUUAGCCUUUCUAAUGGAGUGUAGCGAAUAUUUAGUGCUAUCGAAAACUUCUGGUUUAACGCUUUCAAUCGCUGGAAUUUUCAAGGAUAUUUGCCAACUUGCCUUAGGGGUGGAGUUAAAUGGUGACCAAUUAAGCUUGAUAAACGUUCUUGGCUUAGUGGUUUGUUUAGCUGGUAUUUGCAUGCAUUUGUUGCACAAAUAUUUAAAUCUUACAAAAAUGGAAUCCAUUGACAUGGGAGAUGAGGAAGGUGAAUUCAAUGAAACCACCAUGAGUUCGCCUACGAAUAGUAAUAACCAUCAGACUAGCGGUAUUGCCGGUGCUGGUGGCAACGUUUUAUCUGCCGUAUUGCAAAAGAAACAUUCCUCUCAAACAGUACCAUUGCUGGAACAAAGUGACUCCGAUGACUCUAAUAAUGACAAUGAGCAAAGCGCUUCGGAUGUUAUAUUCGAUGUAUUGAAACGGAGAGAUAUGCAACGAUAAGAAAUCACUUCAAAUAUUUUUUUUUAAUUAAGUAGUAUUAGUACAAAUUUGUAAACUGGCUGAUAGGCUAGACAUUGUAAAUGUUGUAUAAAUAACUCCUCGACUAUCUUACGAGUAAAUAUUCUACUCUUCAAACUGUGAAAAUAAAUUUUAACAAAUAAGAGAAA